AUGCAGCCGCCGCCGCAGCCCUACGAGUUCCUGGGCGAGGAGAACGGCCCGAAAUGGCGCGGGCUCUUCGUGCCCGCCCUGCGCAAGGUCCAGCAGCAGGUUCACCCCAACCUGUCGGCCAAGGAGGAUUCCCUGUAUUACAUCGAGGAGCUGAUCCUUCAGCUGCUGAACAAGCUGUGCAUCGCUCAGCCCCGCACUGUGCAAGACGUGGAGGAGCGGGUCCAGAAGACAUUUCCUCACCCCAUCGACAAGUGGGCGAUCGCCGAUGCUCAGUCUGCCAUAGAGAAACGGAAAAGAAGGAACCCUCUCCUGCUCCCUGUGGACAAAAUCCAUCCCUUACUGAAGGAGGUCCUGGGCUAUAAGGUGGAUUACCACGUCUCUCUCUACAUCGUGGCUGUCUUGGAAUACAUCUCAGCCGACAUUUUAAAGCUGGCUGGGAACUACGUGUUCAACAUCCGGCACUUUGAGAUCUCCCAGCAGGACAUCAAAGUGUCAAUGUGUGCUGAUAAGGUUUUGAUGGAUAUGUUUGAUCAGGAUGAGAUUGGCUUGGUUUCCCUGUGUGAGGACGAGCCCUCCUCUUCUGGGGAGCUCAACUACUACGACCUGGUGAGGAACGAAAUAGCAGAGGAGAGGCAGUACCUGCGGGAGCUCAACCUCAUCAUCAAAGUAUUUCGGGAGGCUUUCCUGUCCAACAGAAAGCUCUUCACACCCAAUGAUAUCGAGGUGAUAUUCAGCAACAUCUCAGACAUCCACGAGCUGACGGUGAAGCUCCUGGGGUUGAUCGAGGACACGGUGGAAAUGACGGAUGAGAGCAGCCCCCACCCCCUGGCUGGCAGCUGCUUUGAGGACCUUGCAGAGGAACAAGCCUUUGAUCCCUAUGAAACCUUGUCCCAGGAUAUUCUCUCUCCACAAUUCCAUGAGCAUUUUAAUAACUUAAUGGCAAAACCUGCUGUUGCUCUCCACUUCCAGUCCACUGCUGAGGGCUUUAAAGAAGCUGUUCAGUACGUCCUGCCCCGCCUGCUGCUCAUCCCAGUCUACCACUGUUUGCACUACUUCGAGUUACUGCAGCAAUUGCAGGAAUGCAGUGAGGAUGAGGAGGAUCGGGAAUGCCUCAAGCAAGCCAUCACCGCCCUCCUGAACCUGCAGUGCAGCAUGGAGCGCAUUUACAGCAAGCACUCGCCAAGGAGGCGGCCUGGGGAGCCGGUGUGUCGCUUCUACCACCGGCAGAUCCGCAGCAAACACCUGGCCAUCAAGAAGAUGAACGAGAUCCAGAAGAACAUCGACGGCUGGGAAGGCAAAGACAUCGGGCAGUGCUGCAACGAGUUCAUCAUGGAAGGGGGCCUGACCAAAAUCGGGGCCAAGCACGAGCGGCACAUCUUCCUCUUCGACGGGCUGCUGAUCAGCUGCAAAGCCAACCACGGGCAGUCGCGGCUGCCCGGCUACAGCAGCGCCGAGUACCGGCUGAAGGAGAAGAUCGUCAUGAGGAAGAUCCAGGUGGUGGACAAGGAGGACACCCCCGAGUACAGGCACGCCUUCGAGCUGGUGUCCAAGGACGACAACAGCGUCCUGUUCGCCGCCAAGUCGGCCGAGGAGAAGAGCAACUGGAUGGCGGCGCUGAUCUGCCUGCAGUACCGCAGCACCCUGGACAGGAUGCUGGACUCGGUGCUGCUGCAGGAGGAGAACGAGCAGCCCCUCAGGCUGCCCAGCCCCAGCGUUUAUCGCUUCGUGGUGGAGGACUCCGAGGAGAACAUCGUGUUCGAGGACAACCUGCAGAGCAGGAACGGCAUCCCCAUCAUCAAGGGGGGCACGGUGGUGAAGCUCAUCGAGAGACUGACCUACCACAUGUAUGCAGAUCCCAAUUUCGUACGGACUUUCCUCACCACCUACCGCUCCUUUUGCAAGCCCCAGGAGCUGCUGAGUUUGCUGAUAGAAAGGUUUGAGAUCCCGGAGCCGGAGCCCACGGAAGCGGACAGGCUGGCCAUCGAGAAGGGGGAGCAGCCCAUCGGCGCCGACCUGAAGCGCUUCCGCAAGGAAUACGUGCAGCCCGUGCAGCUCAGAAUAUUGAAUGUUUUUCGUCACUGGGUCGAGCACCACUUUUACGACUUUGAGAGAGAUCUGGAGUUGCUGGAGAGGUUGGAGACCUUCAUUUCCAGUGUCAGAGGCAAAUCCAUGAAGAAGUGGGUGGAAUCCAUCGCUAAGAUCAUCAGGAGGAAGAAAGCCCAGGCCAACGGGAUCAGCCACAACAUCACCUUCGAGAGCCCUCCCCCCCCCAUCGAGUGGCACCUGUGGCGCGUGGGGCACAGCGAGAGCCUGGACCUCAUGACCCUGCACCCCAUCGAGAUCGCCCGGCAGCUCACCCUGCUCGAGUCUGACCUGUACAGGGCAGUGCAGCCUUCUGAGCUCGUUGGCAGCGUGUGGACUAAGGAGGACAAGGAAAUCAACUCCCCAAAUCUCUUGAAAAUGAUCCGUCACACCACCAAUCUCACUCUUUGGUUUGAAAAGUGCAUCGUGGAGACGGAGAACUUCGAGGAGAGGGUGGCUGUGCUGAGCAGGAUCAUAGAAAUCCUGCAGGUUUUUCAGGACCUGAACAAUUUCAACGGCGUGCUGGAGAUUGUCAGUGCCAUGAACUCAGUGUCGGUGUACAGGCUGGAUCACACCUUUGAGGCACUACAGGAAAGGAAAAAAAGAGUCUUGGAUGAAGCAGUGGAAUUAAGCCAAGAUCAUUUUAAGAAGUAUUUAGCCAAGCUCAAGUCAAUCAACCCACCCUGUGUGCCUUUCUUUGGAAUAUACCUGACAAAUAUCCUGAAGACAGAAGAAGGGAAUCCUGACUUCCUUAAAAGACAAGGGAAAGAAUUAAUCAACUUCAGCAAGAGGAGAAAAGUGGCUGAAAUUACAGGAGAAAUCCAGCAGUACCAAAACCAGCCUUAUUGUUUACGGAUAGAGCCAGAAAUUCGGAAAUUCUUUGAAAAUCUCAAUCCCAUGGGGAAGAUCCCAGAAAAAGAGUUUACAGAUUAUCUGUUCAACAAGUCCUUAGAGAUUGAACCUCGGAACUGCAAGCAGCCACCUCGAUUUCCCAGGAAAACAACAUACCCCCUGAAAUCCCCCGGGAUAAGGCCCAACACGGGCAGACACGGCUCCACCUCUGGCACCCUGAGGAGUCAUCCACUGCCGCUGGAGAAGGAGCCCAGCAAGAUCAGCUUCAGCAGGAUCACCGAGGCAGAACAUGAGUCCGCAGUCUCGGCACCGACCUCUCCCAACACCCCGUCUACGCCACCGGUGUCGGCGACCUCGGAGUUCAGUGUGUUCUCAGACAUCGAUCUCAACAGUUCUUACGGUAACAACAGCAUCUUCGCUCCCGUGAGUUUGCCUCAGUCGAAGACUUUCUUCAGCUCCUGGGGGAGCUUUUCCAAGCUGAGUGAUGAGCCUCAGAACCCUCCUCCGCUUCCCCCACGAAAAAAGAUGGAUCAGGAUGCUUCUAAUGCUAAGGGAAACUCGAAGCCGGACGACGACCCUCCAGCCAUCCCACCUCGGCAGCCGCCGCCGCCUCCAAAGAUCCAGCCCCGUGCCCCUGCCUACCCCACCCCCCUGGAGCAGCCUCUGCACAGCCCUCCCCCUCCGCCCCCCCGGGACCCCGUGCCCGACACUCCCCCGCCGGUGCCGCUGCGGCCGCCCGAGCACUUCAUCAACUGCCCGCUGAGCCUGCAGCCGCCGCCGCUGGGACGCUUCCACAGGGACCCCGAGUGGCUGCGGGAGGCGGGCACGGCCCCCAGCUCACCGGGCACCCCCCCCAGCACCCCCUCCCCGCGGGUGCUGCGCCGCUGCUGCGUGACCGGCGCCGGUCACAACAACCUGGCGCAGCCGCCCGUGCCCCCCGUGCCGCCCCGGCACAACUCCAGCCCUCAGCUGCCAAAACUGCCGCCAAAGACUUACAAAAGGGAGCUCUCCCACCCUCCUUUGCACAGACUGUCUUUGCUAGAAAAUGCAGAAACUCCUCAAUGACCUUUGCCGUAGUAGUCAUUGACACUGGAAUAGUAUUUGUAAAGUUCCUCUUUUCUUUUUUUUUUUUUUUUCCUUUUUUUUUUUUUUUUU